AUGUCAAAAUCUGGUGUGGAGGGAACACCGUUGGAGAUCUUGAGUCAAACAGAACAAUGUGUUGUAUGUGGGGAUUCUGCGGAUGGAUUCCACUAUGGUGUCCGAUCAUGUCGUGGAUGUAACGCGUUCUUUCGACGUGCCAUCACUUACGAUCAGCAUUUUACGUGUCGCCGGGGAGGACAUUGUCUCGUGGAUAGGACAGCGAGAUGUGCUUGUAGAGCUUGUCGUCUUGCAAAAUGUAUAGCUGUUGGUAUGGACAAAAAAGCCGUACAGCCUAAACGAGAUGGUCCUUCAUCAACUAAUGGAACUCAUCAUGAUAGGAGUUCGUGCAAUUACAAUUCCGACGUAGAAACGGAGAAACAACAUAGAGGAAAUGGAACUAUCACUCCGAAACAAGAAGCUGAUCAAGGAAAUCAUAUUUUGAGUCCCUGUUCAGCAUUCAGCCAUGUCGUCACCACCCCAACUAAUGAUAAUUCCUUCCUUCCGACAUUGCCACCCAGCCCUUCACCUAGUAGCGGACUCAUUGCAAGACAGUGUUACGACUUUGAAGAUCAAAAAAGGCGACGACGGGCAAUGCUUUGCCACUCGUUAGAAGAGAUACUAAUAAGUGAUACUGACUCCACCUUGCGUGAUAUGGCAGCUGCGGAAGACUAUGCAGUUUUGUUCCAAGUGCAGAUGGUCCUAAUGUUCGAAUGGGUCGAAAAGUUGCCUGAGUUUUGUCUACUUUUGGAUCCUUUAGACAAGACGAAACUUCUACGUGCUUUUGCCCUCCGCUAUCUGUUGUUAGAUAAUGUAUUUCAUACUAUGGAGCUUGGAUAUGAGGAUAGAAUUGUACUUGUGAAUAACAACUACAUGAAACCGUUCGAAACCCCACCGCUUCCUCAAAAUGAUCUCACAGACGAGAAGAGAGUGGAGUUUAUGAUGUAUGGAGCUGAGGCACAAGCAAUGCUUGACGAUCUUGUAAUACCUAUGAAGCGUAUGGCGCUUAAGGUUGGAGAAAUGAUGACGCUGCGAAUGAUCAUGUUCUGGAAUCCAGGAAAUGUUGGUCUUACGCCAAGCGGUAUUGAAAUUGCUCGAACUGCGUCGAAUAAUGCAGUGAAGGAGUUGCAUCAUUAUUUCGAAGGAGAAGGAAUCACCGACGUAGAGCACAGAAUCGGGAAUUUGCUGCUCCUUUUGCCUGCAUUCACCAAACAUGUGCGUUACUUAUAUGAGUUGGUGAAGCUCAUACCGUCGUUUGGAAAAAUGAAUGAGUGGGACUCAUUCAUGGAUGUUCUUUUGAAUGGCUUUUGA